UUUUACCCACCGAUAAGUAAUGUUCCAUCCCUAUCAGAAUAGAAUCGUAACCAAUUUUUUUUUUUUCGUCGAAUAUCUUGUCAUUAUUUCGUUUGUAAAGUGUUAUUUAAAUCGUAACUGUAUAGUUCAGAGCGUUGACAGUAGUCGUUAGCAUAUCUCUAGCACGCCGUAGGUGGUGUCAAUGCAUAAUGGUGCCCAAGAACCAAUUUCAACAGAACCGGAACAUGCAGCCUCAGCAGCAACAGAUGCAGAUGCAAUAUCCGAACCAGCACCUGCAGUAUCCGCAGCCGCACCAGCACCAGCAACAGUAUCCGCAACAGCAGCAACCCUUUCAGCAGAAUCGUCCAAACAAUAAUAGUAAUAAUAAUGGCAACGGCCACAACAAUAAUAUCAACAAUGCUCGUGCCGCGGCAGCGCCGUACAGAAAGCCCUUCCGGCAGGGGAACAACAACGGCCACAAUGGGAUGGGCGGUAACGGCGGACCGGGUCCGAAUAUCGCCAGCGAUGAUAUCUACUCCUCCUGCCAAAUGCCCAGCGAUUCGCUCUACAUCGACUUUAAUAGUCCGUCGUCUGGAGGCGGUGGCGGAGGAACUGCAGGAGCCGGAGGAGGCAACCAGGGGAAUUGCGAUGAUCAGGGCAAAAAGAAGCUAAUCAAGGGCAGCAAUAAGCAGCAGCAGGGUAACAAUAAUAACAACAAGCAGCAAGGAUACAACAACCAAAUGAACGGACAUAAUGUAGGCGAGUGGCAGCGCUACCCGAAUCCCAUCCAGAAUCGCGGCGGCUUCAAUAACUUCGCCCGCGGACCACGUCCCAUGAUGCCGCCAAUGGGUCCGAUGGGACCCGGCGGACCCAUGGGUCCCGGCGGGCCAGGACCACGUGGCGCCGGGCCAAUGCCACCGUUUCCGCCCAUGCCGCCAUUCCAGCCGGGUAUGCGAAUGCGCGGUCCCAUGGGCGGGCCCCGUAUGGGCGGACCACCGAUGCCGCCGCCUCCGUUUAUGGCCCGCAAUGGUCCCGGUCCGGGACCCAUGAUGGGCGGCCCUCCAAUGCACAUGAUGGGCAUGAGAAUGCCGCCACGUGGUCCGCCGCCGGGCGGUCCGUUCAUGGGACCGGGCAUGAACAUGAACGGAGGACGCAUCAAGAAGCCAAAUCCCAACCUGAUCAAGCAGGGCAUCAAGGGCAAGAGCACCAUCAAGACGCUAAAGCAUCUGAUUAACCAGUAUCCAAUCGACAAGCCCUGGGUGACGGAGGACAUACGGGCGGAGCACGCCAAGAAGCUGGACAUCGAGAACCGUCUGAAGGGCCACAAGAACGACGAGUUGUUCGCCCAGUUCCGGGUGCAGCGGGACAAGUUUGUGACCAAGUACGAGGCGGCCCGGGAGGAGUAUCUGAAGCAGGAGGCGGCCAGCGUGAAGGCGGCCAAGGAUGCCAGGUCAGACAAAGACAAGGUCAAAGACACUGAAAAAAAUGCAAAUUCAAUUGCGAAUUCGAAUCCAAAUCAGGCCACCGCACCUCAGGCGGCCGGAUGCGCCAAAGAUGCAACAAUUUCAAGUCCCUAGGCAGUCCUGGAUACCAGGAUACCACACUCGAAAGAUGAUAUCAGACCCCCCUAUCAGACCCAGAGAGAGAGAAAGAUAAUAUCUAUAUACAUAAAUAAACAAAAAAAAAGAAAGAAAGAAAGAAAGAAUGAGAAGCAAAAACAGCAAGAUCAUCAAAGAAUCGAAGAAGGAUCAGAUGGCUGACUUGUCACACUAUCUGUUCCGGCGACUGAUAACUGAUAACAGAUAACAGUUAAUUGAUAACAGAGCUUACACCCACACGGCCACAGAUUCAGAUUCUAAUUUAAAAAAAAAAAUAAAUGAUUUCCACUUGCCUUUGAAUGAUCCUUGCUGAUAUAUAUCGUUUAUGAUAAUGCCUAGUGAUAAUGAGGAAACUAAAAACUAAAAAUUAAAAAAUCAGGAUCUGAUCGUCCUUUCUAAUGACUCUUGUUAUUUUUGUGACGUAAGAGUGUAACGUAACGUAAGAGUAUUGACUUCUAACUGUAACUGUAAACUUGUAAACGUAAUUCGUAACUGUAACUAUAUAACUGUUUCUGUAUCCAUUUCUUUAAGAUCCAAAAAAAAAUAGUUUGGAAAAAAAGUGAAUUUUUUUGAAAAAUUUUCCAAAAAUAAGCUGACUCAGCAGCAGCAAUAUAUCAUUGUGUACUUUAUUAUGAAAAAAAAGCUAUUAAAAAAAAUAAUAUAUAUACCAAGGUAUAUAAAUAUUAAAUAUUAUUUAAAAAAAAAAAUGAAAAACAAGAAUAAUAAUUUAAAAUGUUGCCUUUGAUUACAAAACUUGAUUGUAUUUUUAAAUUAAUUCUUAAAAACUACAAGUUAAGAUCGCUCUGUGAAGGUGUUUCUCGAUGGUGUGCCUGCCUCUUCUUCUUAUCUUUCCACGCCCCCACCGCCCACUCCACCCCGAUUAGAUCCUUCGAGUCACCUGACAAGUCACCUAACUAAAGAUUAGCCAAAAAAACGAAAAGAAAAACGAAUGAAAUUAGUUAAUAGAUUAAGAUUUAAGCUAAAGACUAAUCACAUUGCCUAUGAACCGGAGUACAAGUCCUCAAAACUAGCACAAAUACCCAAAAAAAAAAAUAAAGGAUAAAAAGGAUAAAUUAGAGAGAGUCCUUUUAAGGUAUAGCCAAAUGUUGGGAGUCCCCUGUCGGGUGCUGUCAGGGCUCCGCCACCCCCUCCACCUAGAUCCAUUGCAUUUGAUCCCACCCCCAUGAUAUACAUAGCCCCCAUAACCCACCUCCCACAUCCCCACAUCCCAUCCAUUAAAUAAUUUCCGAGGAAUAAAGAGAGAGAUUACAAAAUAAA